AUCCACGGAACAAUACUGCUGUCAGGACUGAGAAGGCAGAGGGAAAUUGAUGGCGCAAAAAUGAAAUUGUCCAAGGGUGUCAUUCUCCUUUUUCUGGGAUUGUUUUUUAAGGUUGCUGUGGCAGAGAGUUUCACUCAGGUGUACUGGUUAGAGCUUGAAAUCGAGUCAUCGGUGUACGACAACAUCACUGAGCUUCUGAGAGAGCAGACACGCAUCGACAUAGUACAUGCAUCUGUAACAAACAUCGGCAUCACAACAGAUUGCACACUGAAUGAGACGCAUAAGAAUUGUUCAUGCAUGUUGAACUACACAUACAGUGAGGACAUGUGCAAAAAUUAUGGCUGCUGCAAUGACACCUGCACACAGAAAGUUAAUGACAUGGCUGUGUGUCUGCCUAAAACAAGAGUAAGCAUCAAUGGGCAGACUACAUUUGCAAAUGAGUCUUGCAUGUUUUUAUGUGAUCCAAGCAAACAAGGUUCUAAAGAUUACCAGGACGACAACAAGAAAAUUACCAAAAUGCUUGCGGAAAAAUACAGCACAUUGAAAUAUUUCGAUUCUCUGAUUAUCAACAGUUACAGCAGUGGCAGUGUGAUCGUAAAUUAUACGGUGCAGGUAAUGGGUUCAGUUACGCUUAAUGAGUUGGAGAACGUAACCAGCAAUCUGCCUGAUUCUGAUCUGAAAACAACAGGCUUCAUCAUUAUUGAUGGUCCUCGGGGUCCGAUUGAUAUCGACUCCCUGGCAACUAUAACUUGUCGUCCACAAGAAAUGCUGGGAGAGGUUAAGUGGUACUUAAUAGAUGAGUGGAAUAAAAAAACAGAGAUCACAAAAGGACAAGAGGCCAGCUUCGCAAACAACAGUUUGGAGGACAUUGUCCAUCUGAAAAAUAUUUCAGGAAGCUGGAAAGGAACAAUUCAGUGUGUGUACACAAAAGGGCCCAUAAAACACACAGCAAGUACAGAGUUGGACAUAGCACUUCUGCCAGAAAUACAGGCCAUGAGCUCUCCCCAAUUUCCUAAUUGUAGAAAUAACCUAUUCAAAAAGGCUAUCAUUGAAUGUAAAAUUUCAAACAAUACAGAAAAUUACACGGUUACAUGGAAUACUGCUCUUAGUUUCACAGAAAUAGGACCAGAAAUCCAGGGGAAUCUUUUAUCUUACAAAGCAGAGGCGAUCAUAAAUUGUGAAUUAUAUAUUAGGGAUAAGAAUGAGACACUGAAUGUUUCAUGUACAUUCACCAACAACAGAGCCAUUUACAACAAAAAUAAAACCAAAAAUGUGGAGAUCCCGGUCAUUCUUCCCCAUUCACAAUUCUGUGAAGAAGAUAACGAGUGGCCCAUCACGAAAAACACCUAUACGGCCAUUAUAUCCUGUGGGAACUCUGCUGUUGGUUCAAAAAUGAAAAAGUGCUAUGAAGGGUGGAAAGACGAAAUCUCUACUUGUGUGAAUAUAGACCUGCAUGGCAUUAAAAAGGAUAUAGAGAUAUUAAAUAAAGGCAUUGGCCUUAUUAAGAAUGAGGCAGACAGACUUUUCAGACGAAUACAGCAUUCGACCACUGUGGAGACAUUCAACUCAUUUGCAAAUAUUAACGCAUCUGUAGUUAUUUUUGAAGCCAUGAACAAUGUAUCUAAACAGCAGUUCAAUCAAUGGAAUGAUACUGUCAUGCCAGACUUUGUCAGCGCUAUAAGCAACGCUUUGAAUAAAACAGGAGCCUGGAACAAUCCUGAAACUAAAAACACAAAUUUAUCUGUGACAUAUCUACAGACUAUUGAGCAAAUGAUACUCAACUCAAAUCUGACCAUGAAUCAUCCUCAAAAUUCUUAUAAUGUUAAACUGGCAGUCUGUAAUAAGACCGGAGGGGCACAUUGCAGCAACUUUAAUGCCAGCGUCAGCCCAGAUGAUAGGGUUGUUGUCGUUGCAUUCCGGAACCUUCACGAAAUUUUACCACAGUAUGAAAAAAGGCCCUUAGAGACCACCAUCUUGUCAGUCACCACAGUAAAUAAUGAGAAGAAGUCCAUCUCUGUCCAGAUGACGUUCGAUUACGGUGAAAAAAGACUUCGGAAUCAUGAAAUGUAUUGUGUUUUCUGGGAUGAAAAGAACAGUACUUGGUCUUCAGAGGGGUGUAAAUGGGGUGGUGCAGAAAAUCAAAAGUUGUGCACAUGUACACACAACUCUGCCUUCACUGUAAUGAUGUCCAAAAAUGCAGAGACCCUUCCGUAUAUGAAGGAACUGACCUACGUUGGCUUAGGAAUAUCCGUCGUCUCACUUGUUCUGUGUUUAAUCAUUGAGUUUUUGGUAUGGGAUGCAGUUGUAAAGUCAGACAUCUCCAAUUUUCGGCACACGGCCUUAGUCAACAUCUCUUUAUGCUUGCUGUUUGCACACUGUGGAUUUUUAGCAUCAUCUGAUCCGAAGGCAAUCCCCGAACACUGGUGCUCCAUCCUUACAGUAGCCAAACAUUUUUUUUUCCUCGCUGUCUUCUUCUGGAUGCUGUGCUUAAGUGUCGUGCUUCUUCACCAAAUGAUAUUUGUCUUUGACCAGCUGAGGAAAAAGGUUUUUUUGGUAUUGUCUAUCACUGUUGGUUACGUGUGCCCUUUAAUAUGUGUGGCAACAACCUACAUUACUUUCGAGAACGGUAAAGAAGGUAAAUACUAUUCCACAGACACUUGCUGGCUCAUAUAUCAGGGUGUGCUGAAGGGCUCCCUCUUUUCCUUUGUAAUUCCUGCCUUAACUAUUGUGAUGGUAAACUUUUUCACACUGGUUGUGGUGAUCAUGAGGAUAGUAACUCCUGCUGUGUCGGAUUCAAAGGCGCAGGACCACAAGGACGUUGCCAAGGGUAUGGUUAAGACAGUAGUUUUCUUAAGCCCUGUCCUCGGAAUAACUUGGCUCCUCGGGGUUUUGGUGCUGCACCUUGAUCUUACACAAAAACCUUUCGCCCAAAUUGUGAGCUACGCAUUUACAUUGUUCAAUUCGCUGCAGGGCUUUUUGAUACUGCUGACAAACUGCUUGGGAGAGAAAAAGGUUUGUGAUGCACUUCUGAAGCGUUUGCAAUCCAAGCAAUCAGCGCAUUCUAAAAGUGAAAGCUCAAGCAAAGAGACAUCUUCAGUAAUGACGAAAUAAAGACUGGACAGAUUAAAAUCGGUGCCUUCUAAAAGUACUGAAAUAGAAGACAUGAAACUCGAGGGAACCUUGAAAAACGUCAUGGAUUAAAUUGUCACAUUCAACAGCUCUAAAACAUUGUUUU